AUGGCUGCCGAAAACAAGCCGGAAGGACUGAAGAAAGUUCGUAAUCCGGAUCGAAUGUACAGAUCAGCAGUGUGUUAUGCUGGCCAUGGUCCACCUAAGAGUAUCAGUGAUGACACAGAGAUGAACAAUGAACAUGGACAUUUGAAAAUAUACCUGCCCAAAAAGCUGCUUGAAUGUCUACCGAAAUGCUCCUCGCUGCCAAAGGAGAGACACCGGUGGAACACUAAUGAGGAGAUCGCGGCUUACCUGAUAACGUUCGAAAAGCAUGAAGAAUGGCUAACGACGUCCCCUAAAACAAGGCCGCAGAAUGGGUCGAUGAUAUUGUACAACAGGAAGAAGGUGAAGUACAGAAAGGACGGCUACUGCUGGAAGAAGAGGAAAGAUGGGAAGACCACGCGGGAGGAUCACAUGAAGCUGAAAGUGCAAGGAGUGGAGAACCCUGACAUCGUGCUCGUCCACUACUUGAACGUCCCGGCCAUCGAGGACUGCGGGAAGCCAUGCGGUCCAAUCCUGUGCUCCAUCAACACAGACAAGAAGGAGUGGGCCAAGUGGACGAAGGAGGAGCUGAUUGGUCAGCUGAAGCCCAUGUUUCAUGGCAUCAAGUGGACUUGCAGCAACGGGAACAGCAGCUCCGGCUUCUCUGUGGAGCAGCUGGUGCAACAGAUUCUGGACAGCCACCAAACCAAGCCACCUCCCCGGACUCACAACUGCCUCUGCACGGGCACCCUGGGUGCAGGGAGCAGCGUGCACCACAAAUGCAACAGCGCCAAGCACCGCAUCAUCUCUCCCAAGGUGGACCCGCGCUCAGGCGGCUACAGCAGCGCCCACUCCGAAGUCCAGAACAAUGAUGUGUCGGAGGGGAAGACCGAGCACAGCACCCACGGGGGAAACCCCAGGGAGAAGCGCAAUGGCAAGGUCCACAAGCCAGUCCUCCUCCACCAAAACAGUACGGAGGUGUCAUCCACCAACCAGGUGGAGGUACCAGACACCACCCAAAACUCACCCGUCUCCAUCAGCAGUGGGCUCAACAGUGACCCAGACAUGGCCGACAGUCCCGUGGUGACGGGGAUGGGCCACGUGGCGUCCGUCAUGUCCAGCCUGUCUCAGAGUGUUUUCAUGUCCGAGGUCACCGGGGACCCUGUCUACAGCAUGUCCCCCACCGGGGGUCCCAACACACACCUGAUGGGUACAGAUGCCACCUCACAGGGCCUGGUGCUGUCCGUGACUGCAGACAGCCACAAAUUUGCCUUCCCCACUGGAGGAGUCGGGGAGGCCGGGACCACUAGCGGAGGAGACAGUUUAUCCAUGCUUUCUGCCGCCGGGGUGUCAGAGGAGCUGGUGCUGUCCAGCAGCCUGGACUCUGGAGCCAUCAAGAUUCCAGAGACCAACAUGAACUUUGACCCCGACUGCUUCCUGAACAACCCCAAGCAGGGCCAGACCUACGGAGGCAGUGCACUGAAGACAGAGGGCAACUCUUCCUCAGCCUCUUCCUCUACUUGUGGUGGCGCCAGCACUAAUGGGAGCCUGCAGCCCUCCCCGUCCAUGUCGGACAACGGCUACAGCUUCAAUUCAGCCCUGGUGAAGAACAUCAAGACGGAGGAUACAUCCUUUGAGCAGCAGCUGGCCAAGGAGAGCGGCUAUCAAGUGGGGGCCGUAGUCAACUGUGGCACAGGGGUGUCUGUGUCAUCUGGGGCUGGUACCGCCCAGGGCAACCUUACCCUUACUGCUGCGGGCUCUCUGCUUCCCUCUGGUGGAGGCCUGAGCCCCAGCACCACCCUUGAGCAAAUGGAUUUCAGUGCCAUUGACUCCAAACAGGACUACACCUCUGGCGCUGCCACAGUGGGCUACGGUCAGGCCAUUUCCAGCCCUCACAUGUCGCAUCAGAACCGCUCCCCAAGCUUCUUCCUCCAGGAUACCUCUCAGACCAGCCAAACUCAGCAGGGGAGGGCCAGCAUGAGCCAGAAGACUCACAUGAUGGAGCACAACUCCCAUGACUCUGGGGCCUACAUGGGCAUGCAGGUGGUAAAGACGGACUCCACUGGCAGCAAUGGCCACCUCCAUCACCACCACCAGGCCCACCAGAGCCAGCAUAGGGCCAACUGUAAUGGAGGCUCACCUACGGAGGGGCCUGGCCAGGCCGGCUCCCUCCAGAUGUUACAGUACCAGGGGGGCUUCCCUGGACUGGGCACUGAACAUGAGGAGGUGGUGGGUCUGGAGCAACCAGGUAAUGUGGGGUCAGCUCAGGCUGGAGCCGCUGAAAACGGGACAGACACCCUCCUCAAAGCUGGCGAUCAUAUGCAGGCCUGUGGAGGGGCAAAUUCAGAAGGAGGAGGGACAGAGCACUUCCUGCAGCCUGCCUCAGAUGGUGGGGGAGCCGGGGCAGGAGGUGCAGGGGAUGGACCUCUUCUACAGGGCACUGGCAUGGUCCAGGGGCUCUACAACACUGUAGGAAGCCACCAGGGCCUGGGUGGUGGGACCAGUAAUGGAGGAGCAGGAAGCGCAGGCAUGGAGAUCAGCCUGGAUCACUUUGACAUCUCCUUUGGGAACCAGUUCUCUGACCUCAUCAACGAUUUUAUCUCAGUGGACGGCAGUGGGACUGCUAUGUCGGCUGGCGGGGCCCUGUACGCCCAUCAGCUGGUGACAUCCCACAGCUCAGACAGUCAGACCACCGCCAGUGGGGCCACCCAGCAGGGACCGGAAGAUGGAGGUGCCAGGGGUUCAGGCUACAGCCCCUCAGAUCUUUGUCUCCAGCCUUGCUGCAGCCCUCAGUCUCUGAGCGGAGGGGCUGGGACUGGAGGGACCAGCGGAGACGCAGGCUCGCUGUCCUACAUGCAUGUAGCGGAGGUAGUGUCUGCAGCCGUGGCCCAGGGAGCUCUCGGGAUGCUCCAGGCUACUGGCAGGCUCUUCAUGGUCACUGACUACUCCCCUGAAUGGUCAUACCCCGAGGGCGGGGUGAAGGUGCUCAUCACUGGGCCGUGGCAGGAGGCCAGCUCCAACUACAGCUGCCUGUUUGACCAGAUCUCAGUCCCCGCCUCUCUCAUCCAGCCCGGGGUGCUGCGCUGCUAUUGCCCAGCUCAUGACACCGGUCUGGUGACGCUGCAGGUGGCCGUCAGCAACCAGAUCAUCAGCAACUCUGUGGUGUUUGAGUACAAGGCCCGCGCUCUCCCUUCACUGCCCUCAUCCCAGCACGACUGGCUCUCACUGGACGAUAACCAGUUCAGAAUGUCCAUCCUGGAGCGCCUGGAGCAGAUGGAGAGGAGGAUGGCAGAGAUGGCCAGUCACCAGCAGCAGAGCAGCGGAGGGAGUGCUGGGGCCGGGGGAGGAGCAGGAGGAGCAGGGAGUGGAGCAGGAGGUGGUGGUGGAGGAGGAGGGGGAGGAAACAACAGUCAGUCGCAGUGUGUAUCCGCUCAGAGCCAAGCCAGCAGCUCUUUUGAGAGCCGUGUGGUGGUGGUCUGCGAGAAGAUGAUGAGCCGAGCCUGCUGGGCCAAAUCCAAACAUUUGAUCCACUCCAAGACUUUUCGAGGCAUGACGCUCCUCCACCUGGCUGCAGGCCAGGGCUACGCCACUCUAAUUCAGACCCUCAUUAAAUGGCGCACCAAGCAUGCUGACAGCAUUGACCUGGAGUUGGAGGUGGACCCUCUCAAUGUGGACCACUUUUCCUGCACGCCUCUGAUGUGGGCGUGUGCUCUGGGUCAUCUGGAGGCUGCAGUGGUCCUUUAUAAAUGGGACCGGCGGGCUCUGGCCAUCCCGGACUCUCUGGGGCGUUUGCCCCUCUCUAUCGCCCGCUCCCGUGGGCACACCAAGCUGGCUGAGUGUCUGGAGCAGCUACAGAGGGAGGAACAGCAGCAGCCUCCAACCUCCCUCCCACCUACAACCCGCAUGUCCUUCUCCCCGGCCCCCGAUGCCCCCACCGCCGACAGCUGGAUGGUCAACUGGGCCAACGACAGCAUGGUUGCACCCGGCGGGAAGAAAGGAUGCGCUGCUACCACCACAACCACCUCCAGCACCACCACCCUCAACCCAGGCAGUAGUCUGGGGAAGGAGAAGCUGGCCAGCCGGCUACGUCAGCGGGAGCAGCUGGGCAUGUUGGUGAUGUCAGACAGAGAAAUGGUAGACACGGAGCUGCUUUCCUAUCGGGAAGAUCUGGAGAACCAGGACUGUCUCACGCAGAUGGACGACCUCCAGGUGAACAUGAUGACUCUGGCAGAGCACAUCAUCGAGGCGACCCCGGAGAGGAUCAAAAGGGAGAACUUCACCGCCACGGAGUCGGUGCCCUUGGACACUUCCGGGGUUAGCAACACAAUGAGCUGGCUAGCCAACUACCUGGGGGACGUGGAGCAGCUGCCCAGCAUCAUACACCUACGAUCUCUGUACAGCGAGCCCCUGACCCCAUCGUCCAACCCCAGCCUCAGUCCAGGGGGGUCUCCGUUAAGAGAGGGACCCCUGGAAAGGUCCACCCUGCCCUCCCCCGCCGACUGGAGCGAGUUCAUCAAUGCCUCCAACAGCAAGGUUGAACGGGACCUGGCCCAGCUGACUCUGUCUGACCCGGAGCAGAGAGAGCUGUACGAGGCGGCCCGUCUGGUCCAAACUGCCUUCCGCAAGUACAAGGGGCGCCCGCUGCGAGAGCAACAGGAAGUAGCUGCUGCUGUUAUUCAACGUUGUUACAAGAAGUACAAACAGUAUGCACUUUAUAAGAAGAUGACGCAGGCCGCCAUCCUUAUCCAGAGUAAGUUCCGCAGCUACCAUGAACAGAAGAAGUUCCAGCAGAGCCGUCGGGCCGCCGUGCUCAUCCAGCAGUAUUACCGCAGCUACAAGGAGUUCGGCCGGCUGAAGCCCCAUCGCCGCGGGGCCUCUGCCGCUCUGGUGCAACACAAACUGAGAGGUAGUCUGCUCACCAAGAGGCAGGAUCAGGCUGCCAGGAAGAUCAUGAGAUUCCUGCGUCGCUGCCGCCACAGAGUGAAAGAAUUGAAAAGGGCCAGGGAACAUGAGACCCCUCAGAAGAGCCCCCUCGCAAUGUGA